AUGUCUACUUAUUUAGAUUACCAAGUGCUUGCAUACAUGAGUGCAUCAACGGCCUCAUUUUUUGCCCAAAAAUAUUACUUCGACAGAGAACUUCGAGAGUACAAGGCAAUGGAGACCAAGCUGACAUGGGGAGUGUUCAAGGAAUUCUUGAAGGAACUAGCUGCCCUGUUUACCAUGAGGAUGGGAAAACAAUCAGCAGAUGAAUUUGUCACAGAUUAUCUCAUGACCACAGGAGAAAGCAGAUUCAAUCUAGAAUCCACCCUUCCAGAAAUGCCGACCACAAUGAAUGACUGGGUAAAGUAUACCCAAAGAUUUGACAACCAGUGGAGAGAGCUCCAGAAUAUAAAAAGCUCUGUCCCCACUACAAUGCCCCAUCACAACAACCCCUUCUGCUACGACUCUUCCAAUGCCCCCACCUCCAUGAAUAACUCAGUUGUGCCUAUGGCCAUAGAUGCUAUCUGCACUCUCCUCACUGACGAUGAACAAGCUAAGCUACGAGCUGAGGGUGGACAUAUGGCAAACCAAUGCCCUGCUAGGGUUUCAUCUAGGAUACAUGAAGGGGGAAUUGGACAUGUUCAAUUGAGUAGUGGAAAAGUGGAGUACUGCCCGGCUCAAGCCGGCAGAGCAUUGGCCAGCCGAAGAGGAGGCUAUGGCAGAGCAAUCCUGGCAAGAGCUCAGAUUAGUGGCGAGACAGCAACUUUGGGUGAAAGUAGAAGCAUGGCAACGACUAACCCAUUCCGGGCUAGACUCACAGCAUGCCAAGCCUACGCAUCCAAAGAGGAUGCAUCUGUACGUCAGAAAAAGUCUGAAGUUAGCCAAGAAGAGGUCCAGAGUCUUAUAGGGAAAAUGAGAUGGGAUGAACAAGAAGCACUCCUUCAGGAAUUAAGCAAAGGAAGCAAGCAAAAGGAAUCAGAUAUGGAUUUUUGA